AUGGGGUCAUCAUCGGUAAUUAUUGGACGUAUGUCGACCACGACGACGAGCCUCUCGAUUUUUCUUUUCGCCCUUAUCUUUUUCAGCAUCGCAGUCAAUGCGCAGUCGCAAUCAGACUCACAACAAGAUGAUGCGUACACCACCGACUUUUCCAAAUACCCGCAGUCGGCGCAGCCAUGCCUGCAAAAAUCCGCCAACACCACAACCUGCACGGGCAGCACGCACGCCGAGAUCAACGCAUGUCUCUGUCCCGGGACCGAUAUCAGCAGCUUCCCCGUCCGCGCCGCCAUCUGCGUCGGCCGAAAGUCACCUGGCGACCUCUGGGCCGUGUUCGCUCUCCUAAAGGCCGAUUGCGAAGACUCCAAGACGCCGCUGUCCGUAACGAGACGCCGCUUCAUGCAGAUCGCCAUCGACGCGGGCACUACGUAUACCGGCAGCAAAGACAAUACUACCUCGGGUGAUUACAAGAGCCCGAAACCGACAAAAGGGGUGGAACUGUCGACGGACAACACCGAUUCCGUGACGACGGGCAACAACAACAAGAGCAAUAACAAUAACAAUAACAGCAGCAGCAGCAGCAACAACAACAAUGCGGGUGAACUGUCAAUGAUGGCCAAGAUGGGCAUCAUCAUAUCCUGCAUUGUCAUCGGGUCACUCCUCGGCGCUAUAAUAACAUAUUGGUUACUACUACGACACAAGAAGAACUCCAACCGGAGGAUACCCGAUCCGGAGAAGCGACCCAUAUUCUCCAGUGCUAGUAGCUUGAAGGGAGGCAGUCAAACGCCCCUCUCGAGGGCCUCCACUGUGGGGUCACUGCGUGACUGGCGUAUGAUGGAUCAGGGCGCGACAAGAUCUCCUUCUGUGCCAAAUGGAAGCAUAAGAGGGGUGCCAUAUCUAGGGGCACCGUCACCCAUGACCCCUCAGGGGCGAUGGGUACUGGACCCUUUGACUGGCAGGUACAUACUUGUCGGCGUACAGCCUCUCCCAGCCGCUCCAUCGGGCCCGCGCAUGCCCCCACCAUCGGUACCACCGACCCCUGCGCCGGAGCCCGUCGAGGCCCCCGGUGUAGACGUGCCGAUCGAGAUGCCCUCGACUCCAAGCACGGUGACCAUGGUCAACUGGCCAACACCAACACCCCAGACAAACACGCAAUCUCAGCAAACUACAACCCAACCAUACCCUAUCCAAACAUCGAUGCUCCCCCAAAACACCCAGAACAGUCAGAGCAGACAGGGAAGCGUCUCCGUGGCGGCUUCACCUAGCUCAAUACACUAUCCAAAGGCGACGCCGCAACCGCAGCCGACGGCCGGCGUCCCCAAGCGGCAAUACAGCCUUAGGAAUAUGUUCCAUACGAGACAGCCGAAUAAAAACCCGGGAUACUGGAUCUAG